CCGUAAUUAUGUUCCAUACAAUUCUUCAUUCUCCAUUCUUCAGUCUUCAUCUUGUAUUGUCCAUUCUUCCUUUUCCGCUCUCCAUUCUCUUCCCUCCGUUCUUUGUUUACCAUUCUCCAUUCAUGAUUCUCUUUUCCCUAUUCACAAUUCUACAUUCCCCUUCCUCCCUUUUCCAUUCUUUAUUCAAGUCUUUAUUUAUUCCUCCUUUCUGUAAUAUUUCACCGUUUUCACGGCGUGUUCCAUUCUCAAUUAAUUUUUUUUGUAAUGUUUAUUCUAUAUAAUUGUAUUCUUUAUUGUCUGUGCGUUAAUUUCGAAUUCUAAAUCUCUCUUUCCCUUUUAAACUUCAUAAUUUUUUCGUUAAGUUUCAUUCUCCUCUCAACAUUGUUUAUUCUUCUCAUUUUUUAUUCUCUGGAUUCCAUUGUUCAUUAAUCAUCCUUCAUUUUCCAUUCCCCAAUUCCACAUUUCAAGUCUUCAUUUUCCAAUCUCAGUGCUCCAGUACUCAUUCUUUGUGAAGUAUAGCGUAGGCCCCUGGCUUUAAGGUUUGGACCAUGAUCAAAUGAUCAACGAAAAUGAACAGGGAGCGGAAAACUGAAGUCUGCAAGUUUUGCCAUGUGUUGUGUACACAUCGUUUUGUAUAGAAGAAUGGCCUUGUUGACAAGACCAGCUCUAAUUGGCUUACUUCCCUGUUAUAUUUUGAUAGAUUCGUGAUACUUGGAGAGGUGCAAGUUACAUCGUAUUCAACCAUGGGCGCAGGAGAGAGUAAGCCAGGUAUUUGUUUGUUACUUUUCACUUUGACAACAUGUAUAUUCAUCAUGCUGAGCCAAAUGCCAAAUUUAGUAAAGGUUACUGUCAACGAAAUCUGGUCAAACUUUUUUUAACAUUUUGGUUUUUCGCUCUUUGGUCAGAGAAAGCAGUUAAGUUUAAUUUGCUCCCCUCCCCUUCCAAAAAAAAAAAGUCUUUAAAAGACCGCCAGAUAAGGAGAAGAGCGAUAGGUGUCUUGGAAAGGCCUCUAGCACAGGCAAAGUCAGCGAGACUUAUCGUAAUUUUAAUAAAAUUUAUUAUAAUAUACUAUAAUUUCUCUCCGCAGCGCUUAAACCCAAGGCACCGCACAUAUAUGCGACCAACCGAGUCAAAGGUGUCAAAGAGAUAUUUGUACGGGUCCGAGGCGACAAAAUAAGGGAAACUAAGGAAUUUACUCGUAUUAUGGACGAGGUAUCGUUUGGCCUAGAGGCUAAAGGAAUGGUUGCCGCUGCUCAGGCUACAGGGAAGUUAAACAACCAUCAUAAAGACGAGAAAGAGAAGGAGCGGCGAAUUCACAACAGUUUGAUCCAUGGAGGUUUCAACCAUUUUCCGUUUGGUGAGACCAUGCCAUUUCCUGCUGAAAAUGAUGGUCAUUUAAUGUAUGUCUCAGUACACGACGGGGACAAAAUGUGGUUCAUAGAUAUGGCCGUGGAUCCUGAACGUUAUGGCUGUGUUACGAUCAAAGGCGACCGAGGGGGAAUUAGCGUGCACCCAUCUAAUCCCAAGCCCUGCUGGGUCCAAUUGCAAGACGAUGGUAGUUCACUUUCCAGUAAAAAUUUGGUAGAGGUCGAGCGAAGAAGCAACAACAUCCCUGUUUAUCUCGGAAGAGCAACCUGGCAAGCUGAUUUGUUGGACCCAGAGCGACAUCGUGUUCUGGUUUGUAAAGUGUGGCAAGAAAAGGGGAAAUUAUGUGUUUACCCCGAUAUGGUGAGUUUUAUACAAUUUGGACAUCCCAGCAUAAGUUUUCUUUCGGCCACAAGGUAUGAGUGGGUUAGGGCAGAGACCGGAAACCCUGUUCCAGUUAAUGCAGUUAGAGUGAGCGACAAGUAUGGGUCUCAGCCGGUGUAUCUCGGGCGUAUUCAUGGCGAGAGAGCUUGUAGAAUAACGGAAGUGGAUGGCAUGUUUAACAAAUUUAUUGCCUCGAUGAAUGUUCAUUUACUUAGUGGUGAUGAACUCACCGCGUCGACAGGGGAAGUUCUCCUGUUGACUGCAGAACCCAUGCAGCCUUGA